AUGAUCAAAAUGGGACUCCACAACACCAACUACGCUCUCAGCAAGCUUCUCGAGCUCUGCGUUGCAUCUCCACACUUCCAUGGGCUUCCUUAUGCGGUGGUGGCAAAUAGAUCCGAAUCCAUGGCGAAACUCAAACCGAAUUUCUGGGUUAGAAGCAUCCUCCUCUUCUCAAUCACGCUUCUUUCAAUCCAAUUCAACAUGACUGAUUACAAGAAAGCUACUAAGAGAUUCCCAAAGGAUUUGGUCUCUCUGAAGAGAGCUCAUAUUUUAAGUUUCUACAUGGGUCAGCCUAGUCCCUUUCUGGAUCUUGUACAGCAGGUUCUACCUCAGAAUCAAGAAGAAAGUAACAUACACAGCUUACUAGCGUUCCCAUUGUUCAUCAUGAAUGUCGAUUUACAAGCUGAACCUUUCACUGUGGAGAAGCCGCCUGCAACUUCUGAUUCACAAGCUGAGAUAAGAGCAGAGGAGACACGCAAAGCUAGUCUUGCUUACACUGAACCUAUCACUUUGCAAAAGCCUGCAACUUCGCAAUCACAAGCUGCUAGCACUCUGAGACCUUUUCUUUCAGUAACAAACCAUCGCACUUUACAGAAACCUGCAACUUCUCAGUCACAAGCUGAGUUAAGAGCCAAUGAGACGCUCAAAGCUACUUGUGUUCAAGCAGUGGUGCCUUCUCUUCCUGUUCUUGAAUAUUGCACUUUGCAGAAACCUGCAACUUCGCAAUCACAAGCUGAGUUAAGAGCCAAGACGCGCAAAGCUACUCUUGCUCAGGCACUGGUGCCUUCUCUUCCUGUACUUGACCAUUGCAAUUUGAAAAGGCUAACAAACAAUCCAACUCUUUUCUCUCUCUCUCUCUUCCUUCUCCCACACGAUUCUUCUCUUCUUCUUCCUCACUUGUUCUGUUCUUUACAUUCCCAAACCCUUAAGCAUAUCACAAGCUUUAACACUAUGGUUUCCCCGAAAACCAUCAAAUCAGAAGAGAAAGAAACCCAAAACCCUAAAAACGUGUACCACAUCGGAGGACUCCAAGUGAAAUUCCCAUAUCAGCCGUACGGAACACAGCUAGCUUUCAUGAGUCGGGUCAUAUCUACCCUUGAUCGGUCUCAGAGAGAUGGUCGCUGCCACGCGCUUCUCGAGUCCCCCACUGGUACUGGCAAAACCCUUUCCUUGCUCUGCUCUGUUCUCGCUUGGCAACAGAGCUAUAAAUCGCGCUUUCCUAAAGGAAACUUGGCUCGUAGAGAUCUUUCCGUUCCUGACACAACACAACAACCCUCAACAGAACCUACCAAUGAGGUCGAAGUCGAAGAACCUCCAGCAGUUCCUACCAUAUUCUAUGCUUCACGAACUCAUGCUCAGAUCACUCAAGUCAUUCGUGAGUAUAGGAAAACUGCUUACAGAGUGCCCAUGGCUGUAUUGGGUGCACGUAAACGUUCAUGCACCAACUGUCAUGUACAGGGGAAAGCCAACUUAGACGAGAAAUGUCGGUCUCUCAUAAAAGAUAAGAGGAAAAUAAAAUGUCCCCAGUUCCUAAGAAAAGGUGCUAUUGUAGCUCACCCAUCACUUAAGAACAAUGAAGUUCACGAUAUUGAAGAUCUUGUCAAAAUUGGAUAUAGUGUUGGAGGUUGUCCAUACUUUGCGGCCUGGGAUAUGUUUGAGGUUGCACAAAUUGUUUUUUGCCCUUAUUCCUAUAUUGUUGACCAAUUAAUUCGAGAAAAACUUGGAGAAAAAGUGAGAGGGGCCAUUAUAAUCUUUGACGAAGCACACAAUAUGGAAGACAUUGCUCGUGAAGCAGGCAGCAUUGACUUGGGAGAAGACACUCUUUUCAAAUUACAGAGUGAACUGCAACAUAUUUCUGUAGAGUUGCCAGCGAUAUAUCAACCCGUGUGUGAUGUUAUAGACGGAUUGAUAAGCUGGAUUGGAAGCAAAAAGGAUUCGCUUGCAAAACGUGAUCCUGAACACUAUUUCUCUAGCUGGACUGGAGACAAAGCUUUAAGGGAGCUAGAGAAAUCUAAAAUCACUCGAGAAGGCUUCUCAAACUUACGGAAAUGCUUCCAUGACGCGAUCGAAACAUCAGAGAAACAAGAUGAUCCUCAUUUGAGUGGGAUAUCUGUCUCCACUCUACAAGAGUUGAAAACUACACUUGGAUACUUCUUUACUAGAGAUGGAAGUCACACCCUAGAUUACGAACUUGGUUUACAACGGUUUUUAAGAAAAGGAGAUUCUUCUGGUUCUAAGUGGACACAUACUUUGAGUUUGUGGUGUAUGAAUCCAGCUGUUGUUUUCAAAGCUAUAGUUAAUCUUUCUUCAUCCAUUAUUUUAACAUCAGGGACUUUGUCACCGAUGGACUCUUUCUCAUCUGAACUUGGAAUGCAGUUUGGCACUUGUUUGGAGGCCCCACAUGUGGUUGAUGCUAAUCAGCAGGUGUGGGCUGCUGGAAUCUUCAGCGGUCCUAAUAAUCAAAUUCUAAAUGCAAGUUAUAAAACAGCUGAUGCAUAUCCAUUCCAGGAUGCUCUAGGGAAAUCAUUGGAAGAGAUUUGCUCUAUUGUGCCAGGUGGCUCUCUCAUCUUCUUUCCAAGCUAUAAGCUAAUGGAAAAACUCUGUACGCGUUGGCGUGAAACUGGUCAAUGGUCUAGGCUCUGCUUGGAGAAAGACAUUUUUAUUGAGCCAAGAGGAGGAACCACGGGGGAAUUUGAGAGUGUAUUGAAGGGAUAUUAUGACUGUAUACGCGGAAAGAAGAGAUUGAUUGGAAGAAACAGGAGAGCAGGGACUCAGGAUGAUUCCAAGAAAGGAGGAGGAGCUGCAUUUCUUUCAGUAUGUAGAGGAAAGGUUUCUGAAGGGCUUGAUUUCACUGAUGACAACGCCAGGGCUGUUAUAAUAGUUGGCAUUCCAUUUCCUAACUUGCAUGAUGUCCUAGUCGAGCUAAAGAGAAGUUAUAAUGAUACAUACAAAUCAUCUAGAAACCUUCUUGGAGGGGGUGAAUGGUAUUGCCAACAAGCCUAUCGUGCUUUAAAUCAAGCAGCAGGGAGAUGUAUCCGGCAUAGAUUUGAUUAUGGUGCCAUCAUAUUUUUGGAUGAGAGAUACAGACAACAAAGGAACAGAGUGUCUAUUUCAAAGUGGCUAAGACAGUCUAUCAAACUGUAUGAUAAUUUUGAAGAAUCUAUGCAAGACUUGAAAUCAUUUUUCCCCAUUGCCAAGGAGCAUGUUGACAGUAAGAUGUUAGGCUACAAAGAAGUCAUAGACCUUGAGUGUGUGGUCCAAACAGAGCCUGAGUCAUCUGGUGUGAUCAAUCGUAGUUCAGCAGCCAGUUCAUUUCCUGGCUCCAGUGGUUUGACUAUAGAAGGAGGGAGGUCACCUUUGAACAAGAGUGUUAAUUCACAUGCUUUGAAAAGAAAGUUUAUCAGCUCUGCAGCCAUCAUAGACCUUGAGAAAGAAACCAACCAUGACAUGGUCACAAGAAGAAUUGAGUUUGGGUCUGAACUAAGAUCAGGAAACCACAUGUAUGGUUCAAAGAGAGUGCAGAUAUCUUGUUUGCUCUGUAGAAGCCCUUUAGGACACCCAGAUAAUGGCUCUUUAUAUCUCAACUGCUUGGUGACUAGGUCGUCCAAGAAGUAUUUACUGUCUCUCCUGAAAGAAACAUCAAGCGCUGAGAUGCCAAAAAGCGUUUCAGUUAUGGUGACAGAUUGCUCCUUGGUUGACCAGAGGCUCUGCACAAAAGGUGAGGGGAUUUGGUGUGAGGAAGAUGGAUGUGUUUUUAACACUAUCUUCUGCCCUUUCUGCAUUGUACCAAACACGUGUCUCGGAGUGCAGAUCAUGGCUACUGAUUCAUCAAAUGGCCAGUUUCGCAGCAAAAUAUUAUUUUUCGCUGAUCAUUUAAAUGUCAUGGAUGAUGCUGUUGUAAUCAAGGACGAUGUCGUCGUUCUAUAGUUAGUUGCCAAAUACAGAGUUUGGUGUAGCUUUGGGAUUCCUUUGUGAAUUUUGAAUCUAACCAAGGCAUUGUAUUAGUUUAAGAAGUUUGCUUCUGUGUAGCAAACAAUAAACAGAUGAUUGAUGUUUAGUACUCCUCUUAGCUUGUGCUUCGGAAUUUGGAUUAACCGUUCCAAACGGUUGCCAUGCUCUAGCUGUAGGCCACUGUGUACAAUGUAGCUGCGCGCUCGCAAAGUAUUGAUGAGCAAACUUUUUUUUUUGAUGAGCAAACAAAAACGCUGUUAUGUGACAAAAACUUUUUAAGAUAUCUAUGAUGGUUGAUUCAAC